AUCAAUGUAUGUAGUACAAAUAUGCCAAUGCAGAAAAAAGAAUAACAGUCAUUAUAUAACAUUUGAACACCAUUACAGAAAACAUAAAUUAAAGACCAUAAUGAGAAAGCAAUCUGUUAUCAAGACAAUUUGUGUUUUAUCAUUAUGUGCACUUUACUGCUAUACUUUAUGGCACCAACACAAAACAACAACAAAAGAUUUAAAGAAGAAGGCAGUGGACUUAGAUGGCAGUGAAGAGAUUGCAGAUAGUGAUACACGCACCUUAACAUAUAAUGACAUUGAGAGCGAGUAUAGCAAUAUGUAUGAUAAUGCAAUAGAUGGUGGCAUCCAACAUGUAGAAACUUGGAGAAACAAGCAAGUGAAAGACUCAACACAAAAAGACGAAUAUUCCCAAAAUGAAGAUCUAAUGCAAGCCAAUUCAAAAAAGAAUCUAUCCAGUUAUGAUCGACUGAAUGCAACAAUGAAAUCCAGGCUACCUCGGUUUAUCCUAGGAGGUGUUAAAAAAUGUGGAACGGGAACAUUAAUGACAUUUGGAAAUCGGCAUCCUCAGAUUAUUCGUUCUCAACUGGGUGGAUUUUUCGUGGAGCUUGUAAGUUUCAGUCAAGGAACUCAAUGGUAUUAUAACAAAAUGGUAGUGCCAACAAAGGAUCAUGUUGUCCUAGAAAGAUGUAAUGGAUGCUAUGAUACAUUACAAGCUCCUUGGAGAUUAACAGAGACACUGGGACAUGAUGUCUAUAUAAUAUGGAUGGUCAGAGACCCUAUGGAGCGUUUGGAAUCUGAAAUAGCUCAGCAGAUAUCUAACAAAGAGAACCAGUUCACCCCAGAGAACAUCCUAUAUAAAUCCAAAGAAAAUAUCACACAUAAUCAGAUAAUACGACGUGGACUUUACGACAUCUUUCUCCAACACUGGUUACAUUAUCUCCCGUUAGACCACUUCCUUUUCAUUGAAACAUCCGAUUUCAUCAAAAAACCAUGGGUGGAGUUAAACAGGCUAGAGAGUUUCAUGAAUUUGACAAGAUUUUUCAAUGAGGAUAUGUUUAUACCAGGAGAUGGACGAAAAGAUUUCUAUUGUAUCCGUAACACCAACUUAACAUCCAAAGGUGAAGUGAAAUGCAUGGGAGAUGGAAAAGGAAGGGAGCAUCCUAAAAUUGAUACUGAAACGGCUGAAAUAUUAGAAAAAUUCUACCUUCCACAUAGUAAAGCUUUUUUUGAAAAGAUGCAACAUAGUUACAAAUGGAGAGGCACUUAACUGUUUUCAUUACCUAUUAUUCAAUUUGUAUCUGAUAAAAACUGCUAAUUUGAUUUAUUCUUUCAGAAUAUGAUACCUCAUUAAAAUGUAAAAACAAUAGAUCACUUGACAUGUAGAGAAAAAUGAACAUGC